AUGGCAGGCAUGGCAGCGGAUUACAGUGUUUUGGACGAGUCAUCUGUUGGAAACUCAGGCUUGGAGCUGGAGAAGUUGCUGGAAAGCGAACGAGGACUGCCGGCCGGGGACCAUGCUUGGGGUAUUUAUGGAAACUCAGAGAAUCAGAACGGUCAACAGGGGAGCCAUUUUUGGCUCCCCUCCCACCUUGACUGGGAGCUUGAGCGAACAUGGGACCCUGCGGCGGCGCCUGCAGCUCGAAUGGACAUGGGCUGGAACGAUGGGUCAGGCACCAGGAACAACAGCCAACAGGACGCUCGGGUGGCAUUAGAUGGUGAGGCCGUGGCCUUUGGCACACGUGACGCCAAGACCGCCCACGAAAGAUUUAUUUCCCUAGAAUACUAG